CCACAACCCUUCUCAAUUGAAAAUAUAGUUAGAGAUUUGAGGAAAUCACGCAUUAAAUGUUUGUACAAACAAUUAAUAGGCUUAGUUAAAAACAUGAUACAAACAAAAACAGAGUAGAUUUUUAAAAAGUCCCGGAUCAACGUUUAGGAGUACAAGCGCGCGAGCUCGCAAGCAAGAAAGCAAAGGAAAGAGAGAGAGAGAGGGAGUUGGGCCAUUAAAUUAUAUUGGAAUUUAAGGUGUUGAGGACAUUUUUAAGUGAUUGAAAUAUAAUAAAAAAACUAUGGUGGACUGAAUAGCAAUUUUCUAUUUUAUUUAGUCUCUCUCUCUCUCUCUCUCUUCCUCUUUUUUCCUCAACAAAUCUACGCCCCUAAAAAUGGCUUCUAAAGAUGUCCUAGAUCAGAUUCGUGAUUUACAGUCGUUCAUUGAUGACUUUGCAGCUGAUGCAGGAUCGCCUACGAUGGUUUCACCAGAACAAGCACUAGCAACUCCUUUGACAAGGCACACCAUCUUACAAAAACCGGAUGAAAAGACGGAGUCUGAGGAGCCCACGUUUAUCCAGGAAAAGACGGAAGAGGAACCGAUAGUAGAAGAAAAGACAGCGGAAGAGGAAGUUAUUCCACAAGAAAAGGAAGAGGAAAAGACACUGGUUGAAGCACCUCUUUCAAUUCUCUCUUACAAGCUGAAUUUAUCCGAUGAUUUCUCUUCGUUAUUGACUCAGUUUAAAGAGAUUAAAGUAUCACCUACUUUACCAACACGUACCAUCUUCAGGACCGAGGAUGAAGAAAAGAUUCAGGUAGAAGUGAUGCCACCACCCAUCGAAAACUAUACUUCUCCUACACCUAAAUUCAGCGACUCCUUCUUCUUGAAUGAUCAGCUUCCCAAUACCGGUAGCAGUUCAAAAUCGCAUUCCAGACGCACCUCUAUCUCCAGUAAGAAAUCCCAACGAUCUGCCAAAAGUGCCCGACGCCAAAACGAAAAAAAAUUACAGCACAAGCAACAAUUACAACAAGGGAAGCUCCAUCAACCUCAAAAAUACGUGGAAAGAUCCUAUGAUGAAAUGAUGCGAAUUCCCGAUAUCUAUGAACGUGUAGCCUUUUAUGAAAAGACAUUGGAUUUAUGUCUCAAGGCAGAAUCACCCAUUCCUGCCUGGUGUAAAGCGAACCGAGAAAAAGGAAAACCAGAGCCCAUGUUGGAAGGCUAUGUUCCCCCUGCUCGUUUUGUAUCGCCUGAAGUGCCUCUCUCCGAGAAUACCUUUGGUAGCAUGAGUGGCUCUUUUAGUGGCUCUAUCUCCAUGUUCCUCAAAAAAGCAGGUGGGGCUCAAUCAAGUACACGACGCAUGGACAACAAGUCUUUAUUGGCUUCCAGUAGCAAUUAUUAUACACCUCAUACACCUUCUAAUUAUCACAGCGGCAGUGGAUUAUUUGGUAAAUCACUAAGUAAAUUAAGUCUAUCUCGAUCUACACAGAUACCACGCUAUGAUCAUCAAUUGCAACAGAUACGAACACCUGCUGCAAUUCGACUAACGACUAUGAAUCAACGAGCAUCCUCUCCCACACCACGAAAGAAGAAAUCCAGUGUGGAUGCCAUGAACAAGACAUUAUCACCCUUGUGUACGAACUACGGUAAAGAUGUAUCCUCACCUAUUCGUACCCCUCGAUCCAGUUCCAGUACACCAAGUUCGUUUGGCAGCACUACCACGAUCAAUAGUCAAGGUGAAUUUACCAGUCAAAGUACAGCGUUAAAUUACAUGAUUAAUGUAUUACCACAAAUUGAUUUGGUUUUAUUACAAAACGCUUUGGAUGAAGCUAAGGGGGACCCCAUGGUAGCUAUCUCCAUUGCUGUUAGUCAAAGCAAGUUAGAAAAUCAUCAUCAACAAUCACACAAAAAAGUAUCUUCAAGGCAUUAUAAUAAACGGUAAAAAAGCACACACACACACCUACACACAGAUAAAUUUCCUUUUACAGAAUAUCACCCCUCUUUCUUUCUC